UCCACACAACGCAGCAGUCGACUCAGCACACACAGGUGGAGGAUGGGAAUGGGUCAUGAUCAGGAGGAGUUUUCUCUGAGUGGACUUGUACGACCUGCAUUGUUGUAGAGUCCUUCGCGCUGGAUUAUGCUCUGCAUCCUGAUCUGCGGCUGUCACCACUUCCACUGAGUUUGCAGAAUCUAUAUCAUUUUAUUUUCUCUGCUGGUCAUUGCAUUCUUUACUGAAUGCAAACAUCGUCAUGUUCAUCAGAACGACUUUUCUCCUCUACUUUGUGGUCUCACUCACUAAACGUGUUCGUUGCAUGGAAAGUGAACUUUGUUUCCCAGUUAGAUUGGAUAACCACAACCAUGACAGGAGGGAUUUUGACAACGAUGUGGGUAUCCUUAAGGGAAACUCUCUCCUAAAAAUACGAGCUUUCCAGCAGGAAUUAGUGAUUGAUUUACAUCAAGACUCUAAUUUCAUUGCUCCUUCCAUUUCUAACCAAGACGCAGUCUGGGUCUCCAACUCCGAUGUCACCACUGACCUAAGCCGGUGUUUCUACUCCGGAUAUGUGAAUGAUGACCGCUAUUCUUAUGCUGCUUUGAGCCUCUGUAAGGGUGUACACGGUGCGUUUGGCUUUCAAGGAUGGGAAUAUUUUAUCAGCCCGGUGCAAAAUGACACCGCAAGCGCACAAAGCGCUCACAUCAUACGGCGCAGACCCAGCAACAACCUGAAGCCCAAUUCAGCUUCUAGGUGCGCAGUGGACAGCGACUUAAGUCUCCAGGUUGCGCAAUCGCUGGAGAAGUACAAGCGACUAAAAGACAACAGCAAUGUGACCGAAACGAUGCUGAGGAGGAUGGGGAGAGCCAAAAGGUUCGCUUCAGUCCCUAGAUACGUGGAGACGCUCGUGGUGGCGGACGAGUCCAUGGCGCAGUUCCAUGGAGACGACCUGAAACACUACCUCUUGACACUGAUGUCAGUGGCAGCGAGGCUCUACAAACACCCCAGUAUUCUGAACUCCAUCAGCAUAGUAGUUGUGAAGAUCGUGAUUAUAACCGAGGAGGACAAAGGACCCAAGGUGUCCGGCAACGCAGCCAUGACGCUGCGAAACUUUUGCACCUGGCAAAAAAAGAUGAACAAAAACAGCGACAAGCAUCCAGAUUACUGGGACACAGCGAUCCUUUUCACUAGACAGGACCUGUGCGGUGCCUCCACCUGUGACACUCUUGGUAUGGCGGAUGUUGGCACCAUGUGUGACCCCAAGAGGAGCUGCUCUGUGAUCGAAGACGAUGGCCUGCCUUCAGCCUUCACCACUGCCCAUGAGCUUGGACACGUGUUCAACAUGCCACAUGACAAUGUGAAGGCCUGUGAGGACGUGUUUGGGAAACUGCAGGACAACCACAUGAUGUCUCCAACGCUUAUUCAGAUCAACCGCACCAGCCCCUGGUCCCCCUGCAGUGCUGCCAUCAUCACUGAAUUUUUGGACAGCGGGCAUGGGGAAUGUUUGCUCGACCAACCUCAGAAACCGCUGACCCUUCCUGACUUGCUGCCGGGAACAUCCUACAUCCUGGACCGUCAGUGUGAGCUCGCUUUUGGAGAAGGCUCCAAGCCAUGUCCCUUCAUGCAACCACCAUGUGGUCGUCUGUGGUGCACAGGAAAGUCCAAUGACCAUUUGGUGUGCAUGACUCGGCACUUCCCCUGGGCAGAUGGCACCCACUGUGGGGAUGGACAGGUGUGCGACCGAGGCGUCUGCUCUGACAAGCAGGUCCAAAAUGUGAAGGUGGACGGCCGCUGGGGUAAGUGGGGGCCAUUCGGUUCCUGCUCGCGCACAUGUGGAGGCGGCGUUCAACUGUCUAAAAGGGAGUGUAACAACCCAGUUCCAUCAAAUGGGGGUAAAUACUGCCAAGGGGUUCGGGUCAAAUACCGCUCCUGCAACCUGAACCACUGCCCUGACACAGGCAAAACUUAUCGUGAAGAGCAGUGUGAGACCAGUGGCCGCAAUUUCAACAGUAACCGUAUCGCUUCCUCUGUGGUGUGGGUACCAAAGUACUCUGGAGUGUCCCCUGAUGACAGGUGUAAACUCAUCUGCAGGGCUAAUGGCACUGGCUACUUCUACGUCCUGGCACCCAAGGUUGUUGAUGGGACUCCAUGUUCCCCAGACUCCACAGGAAUAUGUGUCCAAGGAAAAUGCAUCAAGGCUGGCUGUGAUGGAAAAAUUGGCUCCACCAAGAAGUUUGAUAAGUGUGGAAUCUGUGGAGGUGAUAACAAGGGCUGCAAGAAGGUGUCAGGACUCUUCACAAAGCCUGCGCACGGCUACAACUUUGUGGUCAUGUUGCCGGUGGGUGCAGCCAACAUAGACAUCCGUCAGCGAGGCUACAAGGGAAUGAUGAGUGAUGACAACUAUUUGGCUGUGAAGAACAGCGAGGGCCAUUACCUGCUCAACGGGAACUACGUUGUAUCCGCUGGGGAGAGAGACAUCAUUGUGAAGAGCAGCCUGCUGCGCUACAGCGGCACAGCUGGUCUCUCCGAGACCCUGCAGGCUGUGAAGCCCUUGGGAGAAGCCCUGACUGUGGAGGUGCUGUGCGCAGGCAAGAUGACACCUCCUCGAAUCCGAUACUCCUUCUACCUUGCCCGUCAACCAAAGGAGGACAAGACUCCGAAGAAGGAGCAUAUAAACUCCCAUAACAGUGUCCUGGCUGAGGAUAGUGUCAAGGAGAAGGGAGGAGACACUCUUAAGUCUUACAGCAAGGAGGAUCCUGCUCUUGGGAAAUGGAUAUCCGGGGGCUGGGACGCGUGCUCAGUGACCUGUGGCAGUGGUAUCCAGAGGAGGAUGGUGCAGUGUCUGAGACCGGACGGGAAGCCGGGAUUGGACUGCGAUUCUUCACAAAGACCCUCAGCCACGAGGGCUUGUGGAGACCCAUGUCCUGAGUGGCAUAUUGGGGAGUGGUCACCUUGCUCCAGAACCUGCGGGAAGGGCUUCAAGAGACGACCAUUGCACUGUAAAACCCAACCUGGGCAUCUCCUCCCAAGGGACCACUGCAUUGGCAUACGUAAACCACAGGAGCUGGACUUCUGUAACCUAAGGCCUUGCUAGUGACUAUAACCAAUAAACUACAAAAUUUUGUCUGAAUUGAAUGCAUCUGCAAGUACUACACACACCGUCAGGUGCAGAUUUUUCCACCUGCCUCAUGCGACUGUUAGAGGAUGACGGACACUUGCUUGGAAGAACAAUGAGAAUAUUGGAAGGAGAGUGAAAGCCACAGGAUGAAUGCUGGAACAUAUUUUCACUGCCAUCACUCUGACUUCAAAAGACAUUAUCCAGAUCUAACUCUGAUGGUAAAAUAACAUAAUAGAAGGUCAAAUGAAAUUUUAUUUGAAUCCCUUGUACUGUCAGCAGAUACAGAAUACCCAUUUGCAAAUAAUUAAUCUGGUUUACCAAAAAAAUGGGAUUAUAAAAUGGGAUCCUAGUCUGGAUUCCAUUUUAUGUCAUAAUAUUUGCAGGUUUCAAAGUUUUACUUGGAUCUUGCAAAUACAUCAGUGAAGCUCACUGGUUGUUCAAAAAAAAAAUAUAUAUAUAUACUCCAUUCAUUUUUCAAAGAGAAAAUGACACGUAUAACUUUCUACCAGCUGGUCUAAAAUGUAAUGCCCAUGUGCUGCACGUCAUUUUAUACAGAGAAGGACAUUUUGUGCCUUGCAUACCCAUCUUUCAGUUUUUUGUUGUUGGUUUUUUUUUUUUUUUUUGUAAAUCCUGGAAUAGAUUCAGAAAUGAAACAGAUUUACUGAUGUAUGCUAGUUUCAACAUAUUUGGCAUGCUGUUCUUGCAUCCUUUAUCCAAUCCAAAUAUAUAUUUUUAAAUCUGUUGGAAAACAGCUGUAGCAAUCCAAGCUGAUGGAACAAAUGAUAGAUUCCUACAGUACACUUUAUCAUUUUUUACAUGUUUUGCUCCUAGAACUUUCAAAGAAACAAACUAGAGACCAUCUUGAGAUGGAAUUCCUCCAGCCACAAUGGCCGUCAACAUGUUGAUGCUCCAACCCUUAAACUACUGAGAACUCAGUGGUUUUUACUAUAUUUUUAUGUGAGUUCUCUGUAUUCAUGAGUUGGACCACACCCAUCUUCAAACUCUGUCUUCAUUUUGAUCUCAACUACACACCUGUAAAGUUUUGGGACUGCAUCUUGUGUGGUUGUGACACUAUCGCGUUGACAAAAUCUGUCCACACCCAGACAGACAGACAGACAUUUAAACACCUGCCAUAGUACUCAAAACUGCCUCUGUGGUAGUUCCUGCUACGAUAGGUGUCUUCAGGACCACAUUUUGCCAUGAUCACACACACAAUACCAGCCCUGCUGUCACAUCUGGUAACAGUAAUGAUGUAAUGAAGGAGGGCAUCUUCACAGUGCUCUCCUUCAAAACUUGAAGGAAACCUCCUGCCUUGUAUAUGCUGAUUUUCUGCAGACCUCACUCAGCACCAGUCAUGGAAAUAGUUUAAACUACAAUCCGAGGUUACGCUGGUGGCUUUCAUGACAGAUCAAACUAAACAACGCAGGGCAGGAAACAAUGACCAAUGGUUUUCCCCCCUGUCAGCUGGUAUGGCCGGUAGCUCAGUGAUUUCAUCAGGCUACAUCCGACACAACAUUGCUCAUUUGAGAUAUGGGAUUACCCUGAUAUCUCACACAUAUACACACUCACGUGCAUGCACAUACACACAUAUAUAUUGUGUUCAGUUCCUGCCCUCUGUGUUCCACAUGUUUGAUUGCUUCCUUCGUUUGACCACAACAGUUGUCUCCUCAGUUCAUAGUGUUCAGCCAGUUGUGAAGCCUGUUAAGUCAUGCCUGUCUGGCACAGUUACCACAGAUAAUUUAUUAUCAACGAAAUGAUAAAGCAGAGAGGGGAAGAAAAACUGGCAAGCCCUCUGUUACUGUACAGAAUAUGUGUUUUCCUGGAUCUCCUUGUUCAUGGCCCCACAGCCUGAGCCAAGAUGUUCUCUCUACAAACUCAAUGAAAUCCUGUAAUCCAUUAUAUUCUUGUUUUGUUUCUUAUGGGGCCACAUUGUCCAGUCCAACAUCCAACUACAGGAUGGAUCCUGCAUCAGUUGGAUUCCUAUUUUUAUUUUUUUUUAAUCAGCUUUUGCACUUUGUAUAGCAAAAGAAACCAAUGACCUACAGGGGCUGUACUGUAUACUAUGUAUACAUUUAUUCAGCUCUGUGCAAGAAAUAAUGUAAAUACUUCUUUAAUCAUUUUUUACACAGGCAUUUGUAAUUGUCUUUGACUUCAGAAUAUUUAUUCCAAAAAUAAAGCCAUUAAUGAACAGCUA